CCCUGCAGCAGACGACGGUACACCAGCUGGGCGGUAUACACACACACACACACACACACCUCCCUGAGGUAUACUCCAGUGCAGAGAUGGCCGCCCUGAGGAGAGGACUGCCGCACUUCGCCGUCGGCACCGUCGUUAAGGGUUUCGGCCGAGGGUCUAAGGAGCUGGGGAUCCCUACAGCAAACUUUCCUCAACACGUUGUUGAGCAACUCCCAGAAGAGGUCACGACAGGAAUAUAUUACGGAUGGGCAAAAGUCGAGGAUGGCCCCACCUGCAAGAUGGUCAUGAGUAUUGGCUGGAAUCCUUACUAUAAUAACAAGAAAAAAUCAAUGGAAACUUAUCUCUUUCAGGAAACGCACAUCAUGCACGUAUUUAAUGAAGACUUCUAUGGAUCUGAACUGAGGGUUGUGAUGUUGGGAUACAUCAGGCCAGAGAAGAACUUCAGUUCUUUAGAUGAACUUAUAACCGCCAUCCGCAAUGAUAUUUCCGAAUCGGACAAGCAGUUAACUCUGCCAGAAAAUCUGCACUAUAGACAGCAUGCAUUUUUCACUGGGAAAUCUGACCCUCGGUGCAAUGGUUCUCUAAGUAAUGGAGUAAUCUCGAAUGGCAUCAGCAAUGGGCAUGAUGACGAAAGUAAUAAUGGAACCUCAAUUAGUUGAGAUUUUGUUUCAUGUAGUCUUUUAGCAUACAGCCAAAUUAUUGGUACUGUAUGGUUUUGAUAAGUGACAUAUCGCUUUCACUUUUAUUUUUUAUUCCUACAUUAUGAUUUGCCAUUUAUUUUAAUGUCUACCACAAUUCCAAAAAUUAUAAAUGCAAUGAGAAUAGCAAAUCCGAAUAAACUUUUAAACCAGAUGCAGAAUGUGAACGGAUUUACUCACUCUGUAUAAGAAUUUAACUGGACAGAAAAUUUACUCAAUGUUUUUUAUUUUUGUUUAAUAAAUAGGAUGAAUAUUAAAGUUUUAAUUAUUUUACAAGUUGGAGAUUUGCCAAUUUAUCAAAUACCCUCACAAAAUGUUAAGGCUUAACAAUUUAGUUUAAGUUACCAUUGGACGAUGAUAACUGCAAAUUCGACGCAAAAAUGUUGUAUUAGUCCAUCGAUGACUUAAUUCCUCCAAAAAAAAGCAUAGUGGUGAACUUAAGAGUUUGAGGACUAAGUAUUGCCACUUAAAGGAUCUUGAGGUGUAUUAUAAUUGCAAUGUCAUGUGCAGUCCUCAUUAAUUAAAAAAAAUAUAUAUAGUUUAUCGUGGUUUUGCAGCUUGUACUAGAGACCGCUAUUGCAGUAGGUUUUAGAAUUUAAAACCCUCAUGUUACGCAUGUCAUAUGAUAUUUUGCAAUGGUUUAAGGUUGGAGGACCAAACCGUAUACAUGUAUGUGAAGGGAUAUAGCUGAUUUCGGGUGAAAGUAUUGUUUUCUGAAUGUGUAUGUUUAAUGCAAUUUUAACAAUCUCAAUUUUUAUGAUGUACAUUAUAAUUUAAGUAGUACAGUAUUAUCAAAGUCCAGGAAAGUACAUGUAUAUAUAGGCUUAUAUUUUUGUAAUGCUGAUGGAAAAAUAUAUGAACGUCUUGUUUAACCCUUAAAUGGCCAGCUAAUUAAAUCCUAUUAUUUUGGUGCACAUAACAAAAAGUACUUGGCAAAAUUUAUAACAAAAAUAGCAUUUGGCAAUUCCAGCACAGGGCAUAAUCAUAGUGAUAGCCAUUUUAUGGGUUAGUGAAAGUAUUGUAAUGUACACGGAUUGGAUUUGGGUUUUAUUUAAUGCCUUUUAAUUGCAGAUCUUCAUAAACAUGCAUUUACACAGCUUCCAAGGGCAAUAUAAAGUAUGUUAAUACUUGAGAGGAACACACACACACACACUAGGCUGCAUGCACAAUCCACUUGAUUUACAGAAAAGGCGGUACAGAUGCUGUAAGGAUAAGUACAGUUGCCCUUGCAGGGGCAACCUGCUCAUGCCUCUGGGCUUUAAAACCAAUUUCAUACUGUCUAUAUUACAAAAAUGCUGUGAUGUGGCUUGUUUAAAUGUUUGAAAGCCAUGAAUUUACAGUGUAUUGGAGGCAAAUUAAAUGGCCUUGACUUCUUGUAUUUCAUGGGCCAUGUGAUGUAUAUUUUUCAUACAAAUUAUUUUGUUUAGAAAUGACUGUUCCAAAAUGUCUUGUCAAAUUGGCCUCUAUUAAAAUAUGGCUGUCAUAGGUAGUAACUACCUUUGUACGGUGAUGGCUGUCAAAGGCUUUUUUUUUUUUAGAAUAAAUUGUGCAAGCUCUAGAUGAUUAUAGCAUUCUAGUUUCCGUUGAUAUUCUCAUUACAAUAUACAGUACAGUAUUGAUCUUAAUGCAUGAUUGCAACUUUGGUUUUAAAUACACAAUUAAACUACUGUACUUAGCCAGUGCACGCAUGGAUGCUUAUCGGCACUAAACGAGUAGACUUGGGACGCACGGUACAUUAUCUAUUGCCAAUUGGUGUUUGAUGCAUUUUAUAGUUUAUUCCAAAGCUCUUGUUAAAAUUUAAAUCGGGGAAUUACAGUACUUCUAUAAUAUCAUGUGGUACAGUGAUAGCAUUGGUCGAUCAAUUGCUUCAUUCAGGUGUCGGUAGAGAAGUUUUAUAUGGUAGCUUUGCCUUGAUAUUGUGAUAAGUUUCUUGAACAAUGGACAGAAAUAAUAUAUAGGCAAUACAAUGUCCAUUAAAAAAAUGUAAUUCUUAAAUUGAUAAUAAAUAUUUUGAUAUC